CAAAACUGCAAAUGUUUAUAUAAAUCAAAAAGUGAUGUUUAAUCUCGGGACUGGUUGGCUAAUGCCGGCUCUACUACAGCACCAGUAUCUAUUCCUGCUGGACACGAGAGCAGUCAAGUAAACUGCAUGCGAACUUAUUUCUUCACUUCAGUAAACAUUUGAUAAUCGCGGUUCGAACACACGAUCGGGAGAUUUCUUCUCUUUCGCGAACUAUCAUUUUUGAUAAACUGCAGUAGGUUAGGUAAUGUGCGGCCAUAGAUUUGUGAUACUAAAUUUGCGUUUCUUCAACUUACGAACAAGGCUUGUGAUUUUAAACAUUGUGUGAUUUUUUUAGACUGAUAAAAUGGAUAGUUGGAUGCAAGAUAUGGUUUCAAUUAUGACAGAUACUGGGCUUACACCUGUAGCAAACAUCAAAAAGGAGUUGGAUUCCUUCGCAGAAUGCUCUCCAUCGAAUAGUGACUUAUAUUCUCCAACAACUACAACCUCGAUUAUUAGCGACAAUGUUAUUCAAUCAUCGGAUAGGAUGGAUUAUCGAGAACACUAUGACCCCAAAAUUCGAUCUCCCGGCAGCCCAGAACGACAGUAUUGCUCCUCGACUACGCAACCUCACACAGACACAGGAAUCGGAGUUGGCGAGAGUGAUAUGAAAAAUGAUGAUGAUUCUCCAAGAAGGCUGUGCCUGGUUUGUGGCGACUUUGCGUCUGGAUUCCAUUAUGGUGUGGCUUCAUGCGAGGCAUGCAAAGCAUUUUUUAAAAGAACUAUUCAAGGCAAUAUAGAAUAUACUUGCCCAGCUUCCGGAGACUGUGAAAUAAACAAACGACGUCGAAAGGCAUGCCAGGCGUGUCGUUUUAGGAAAUGCUUACGAUCUGGCAUGCUAAAAGAGGGCGUCCGACUAGACAGGGUCCGGGGCGGUCGACAAAAGUACAGAAGAAAUCCGGACAGCCCUUAUCAAGUACAAGUAGUGUCCGCCCAAAAACCCCAUGUUUUGCUUGAAGACAUCAAAAUGCUUGAAGCCCUUAUUGCGUGUGAGCCAGAUUGUUUAGAAAUUAAUACCGCCUUAGAAGAUUCAAAGCACAGAACGCUAUCAUUAUUGAGCGACCUUUACGAUCGCGAAUUAGUUGGUAUAAUUGGUUGGGCCAAACAAAUUCCUGGUUUUGCGGAUCUCUCAUUAAACGACCAAAUGCGUUUACUUCAAAGCACGUGGGCAGAAAUUUUAACUUUAACGCUGGCGUUUAGAAGUAUACCCAUGGCUAGUUUGAAACGGUUGAAGUUCGCUACAGAUUUUACUUUAGACGAGAAGCAAUCAAAGGAUUGCGGGGCACUUGAAUUAUAUCAAACCUGUACGCAUGUAGUGGAAAGGUUGGAAAGUUUGUCAUUGCUUAAAGAAGAGUAUUACCUACUGAAAGCGCUAGUGCUCACAAAUUCCGACGUUAAACUGGAAGAGUAUACAUCACUUAAGAAAUUCCGUGAGAGUAUAUUAUCUGCCUUGUCAGAUGCAAUGGGUGUAUUACGACCAAACACCGCCUUUCUGCAAACUCAACAGUUACUCCUCUGCUUACCAGCUCUAAGACAAGCCAACAACGUGGUCCGAAGGUUCUGGUCAGAUGUGCACAACCAAGAUUUAGUUCCAAUGAACAAGCUAUUCUUGGAAAUGUUGGAAGCGUCCAAUCGGUAGCUCGGUUAAUAUUUUAAUUGACAAUAAAGCGUUUGCAAGAAAUCUGGCGGGAAUGAAAGAAAUACCAAACCACGCUUGUACAAAUUAAAUUAUAAGAUAUACGGGUCAUUGUGGUUGUGAACUAAGGAAAAGUAUUAUCAAUAUAAGCUAUAAUGGGUGUAUAUGUUUUAAAGCAAUAUCUUUUUGAGGAAAUUGUGAUGUUAUUAAUUAAGGAGAAAUCUAGCCAUAUUUCUUGCAAAAAAAAAAUCCUUUCAAUUAAAGGCAGAUAUGUUAUAGUGAAAAGCAGACUCUGCGGUUGGUGUGUUAAAUUAUUCUAUCGGGAAUUGGUAAGUUUGCCAUAGCAAAUGUGUAUUGUAUUUUUAUAGUGAUAGAGCACUUCUAACUGUCCAGUGAUAAUUUUAAAAUUUGAUUUUAUUCAUGGUUUAGAGCAAUACCGUUCUUUCGCGGCUAUAAUUAUGUUGUAAGAUUAGAAACUUUUUAACUACCUUUAUAUAGCUCUUUUAAUUAAGCUAUAAUUUUCUCAUUCACUUUUUAUUUUCUCAAUGCCAAUAUUCAUAAUGUGGAAAACUGUUGAUAAAUAUAAUUAUUUUAAGAGCUAAAAUAAACACUUUGUAAAUAUAUUUUAGUAGAUGAUUAUACAUAUUAUUUUUAUGUCUUCUGUUGAUGGCAUAAUUAUAAGUUUAUGGGUCUGGUAUGAGCCAGAAUGAAAAAUAAAAUGUUACACACAGACAAA